AUAGUAGUAUUAAGGCAACUAAAAUAUCAAACAUAUAACUCAAAGAAGAAGAAAUUAAAAUCAGGAAGUAGAAGAGGAAAUGAAAAUGAAGUUGUUAUUAUAAAUAUAUAACAACAACACCACCUAUUAUUUUGUUUUUGUUUCUAACAAACAAACAACAUUGUACAGUGUGUUUUCUUUGGAUUUAGCUGUUUUCAGCAAAUCUUUUUGGUUUCUACUCAAAUCAAGUCGAGUUGAGCUGAGCUGAGCUGAACUGAGCUUUUUUCUUCAUUUUGUGCUUCAUUUUACUCCAAAUUUUUUAUCUUCAAGAAAAUGAUGUUUAAUGAUGAACUUUCUUGUUCCAUUAGAGGUGGUUUCACUUUCAUUCAAGAUCCAAAAAACCCUAGUAGUAAUAUUAGUCAUAAUCCAAACCCUAAUCCAAAUCCGACUGCUUCUUCUACUAAUAAGAGGAAGAGAAAUCUCCCCGGAAAUCCAGAUCCAGAUGCAGAAGUGAUAGCUCUCUCACCAAAAUCCCUAAUGGCGACGAACCGAUUCUUAUGUGAAAUAUGUAACAAAGGUUUCCAAAGGGAUCAAAACUUACAACUCCAUAGAAGAGGUCACAAUUUGCCAUGGAAAUUGAAGCAAAGAAACAACAAAGAAUUAAUAAAGAAGAAAGUUUACAUAUGUCCAGAAAGUUCAUGUGUACAUCAUGAUCCAUCAAGAGCAUUAGGUGAUUUAACAGGUAUUAAAAAACAUUAUUCAAGAAAACAUGGUGAGAAAAAAUGGAAAUGUGAAAAAUGUUCAAAGAAAUAUGCAGUUCAAUCUGAUUGGAAAGCUCAUAAUAAAAUUUGUGGUACUAGAGAGUACAAAUGUGACUGUGGUACACUUUUUUCCAGGAAGGACAGCUUUAUAACACAUAGAGCAUUUUGUGAUGCAUUAGCUGAAGAAAGUGCAAGAUUUACAUCAGUCCCAACAUCAACAAAUCUUAAUAAUUUGAGAAAUCAAUUGCUUAAUGGUGGGAUUAAUACUAAUCUCCAACAACAAAUGAGUGGAAAUAUUUCUCAAUUUGGUUCUUUAUUUAGGCCUGAAUUAAUGGGAUCAUUAGACCCUUCAAGUCAUCAUCAUCAACUUAAUCUUGAUGGACAAAAAUCAAGAUUACCACUUUGGCUUCAUCAUGACAAUGCAAAUUCAGGUAACCCUAAUGACUUUUUAUCAACACAAUCAAGCACACCAACAACCACCUUGCCUCAUGAGCUAGUCCAAAUGGCACCACAUACAAACAUGUUGGACAUGUCAUCGACACAGAACGGUAACAACAACAAUAAUAAUCAAUGGUUCAUCAAUACCAAUGGCGCCACCGCCACCUCAUCAUCGUCGAUGCCACGUGUACUAAAGGAGGAAGAAGAUAUCAACAACAAAAGUAUUAGCCCAAUGUAUUGCAAUAAUAGCCAUAUGUCAGCAACAGCACUUUUGCAAAAAGCAGCCCAAAUUGGAUCAACAAGGAGCAACAACAAUUCAUCACUUUUUAGCACUCAAUUUGGACUAAUGGCCUCAUCUAGCCUUAGUAACCUCAAUUCUUUGGCUAAUAUUGACAAUAUUGAAGGAAGUGUGGCUGCAAAUGCAACAUCUUUAGUGGACAACAAUGCAAAUACUUUGAUGAUGAUGCCAAAUAAUAAAGGGAAGCAAGUAAAUAUUGAAGCAAGUUUAACAAGGGAUUUUCUUGGUGUUGGAGGGAAUGAAAAAAGGCCAUUUUUGCAACAAAGUCAUGAGUUGGCCAAGUUUGGUAAUAAUACUGGGAUUUUUUAAUAAUUUACUCUAUUUUUUUUCUUUAUUUGGAACUGUAUAAUGUGACUAGGAGGUCAAGGGUUCAUGUCGUAGAAACAACUUUCGACAAAAAGUGUAUGUGGACCAAGUGGAAACAACCUCCGACAGAAAUGUAUGCAUGUGACCUGGAGGUCAAGGGUUCAUGUCCUGAAAACAACUUCUGACAAAAAUGUAAAGUAAAAUUACGUGCAAUAAUUAUCUUUGUGGUUCGGCCCUUCUGACCUGGAGGGUCAAGGGUUCAUGUCGUGGAAAUAACUUCUGACAAAAAUGUAAUGUAAAACUACGUGCAAUAAUUAUCUUUGUGGUUCGGCCCUUCCGACCUGGAGGGUCAAGGGUUCAUGUCGUGGAAACAACUUCUGAUAGAAAUGUAAGUGCAAAAAUCUUUGUGGUUC